AUGGUGUGGGCAGCCACAAAUGAAAUUCCACUCAGCCGUCCAAAGAAAAGAAAACCCAAAGGGAAGAAUUCAUUAGAUGGCAUAGUUCAGGCAGCCGUCCGUCGGACAUCUGAGAGCAGCGAGCCUCUCACUCCUGAGAUUCAGGAUGCCCCGCCUCAAAGGAAACGCAAGAAGAAAAGAGUACCUCCUGAUUCUGAGACGUCUUUCAUCCAGCAUAAUGCACCUAGCACAUCCUUGUUUCAGAAUGGAAAUGGCAUGGACCCCCAAGCAGCUGAUGAAAUGGGGACCCGUAAACAUCGAAAAAAGACAAAGAAGACUCGGGCAGCUGAAAGGCAGUGCUCUAAUGAACUAGAAGUGGAGGAAGAGGAUAUAAUUGAAGAUGAACGAAUUAAAAGCCCAGAUCAGCAACCUGUGUUUGCUGCUCCCAUUGGUAUCAGCCAGCCUGUGAGCAAAGUGUUCAUUGAAAAAAAUCGACGUUUCCAAGCAGCUGAUCGCACUGAAUUGAUUAAAACCACAGAAAAUAUUGAUGUAUUUAUGGACAUAAAGACUUCAUGGACCACCAAAGAUGUAGCACUCUCAGUGCACCGGGGUUUCAGGGUGAUUGGCCUCUUUACUCAUGGCUUCCUUGCUGGGUAUGCUGUGUGGAACAUCAUUGUAAUUUACCUUUUAGCAGGAAGCCAGCUGUCUGCUCUCUCAAACCUGCUAGAACAAUACAAGACUUUAGCAUACCCUGCACAGUGUCUUUCUUACCUGUUGCUGACUAUCAGUACAGUCUCAGCCUUUGACAGGAUUGACUUGGCUAAAGUAUCAGGAGCAGUGCAAGGCUUUCUUACCCUGGACCCAGCAGCAGUAGCCUCUUUUUUGUACUUCACAGCUCUCAUCUUGUCUUUGAGCCAGCAGAUGACAAGUGACAGAAUCAACCUCUACACACCACCUUCAGAGAAUGGCAGCCUUUGGAUGGCAGAUACUCUGGAACAGAUUCUUCAGCCCUGGAUUGUGGUGAAUCUGGUGGUGGCUCUUUUAGUUGGGAUGUCCUGGGUCAUCUUAUCUUACCAGCCAGAGCUAGAUCACAGUGAAGAACUGAUGUUUCAGGAUGAAGUAGAAGAAUUUCCUCCCUUAGAUAAAACCUCCAAAGUCCAGUCAUAGUGCAGAAAUGCAUCUUCAAAUAUACUAGCUAUGACUGAUGGUGUAAUGCAUCAUGUAUACUAUACCUUUUGUAUAUGUUUUUUACAAAGCAAAAUUUGUAUUUUUGUAUAAUGUACAUAUUUGUUAUGGUGGAUCUUUUAUUUUAACUAUGCUAUUUUUUAAAUUUACCAAGAUACUUGAAAAUAUGUCUAUACAAUUUUUAUAAUGCUUUUCUUUUCUUUUUUUGAUAAAGCAAAGUCUUUCUAGUGAAUAGAGACAAAGUAGCCCUGUAAACCUACUACUGACGUAGCCAGUGACAGAGACUGAUGGGGUGCAUCGACACAUGCAAUUUAAUGUGCUUAUCGCUCUCGAGUCUAUUGCUUAUGGGCAUGCCAUUUGAAUGUACGGUCAGGACUGCAGCACACUGAGCUGGGUUGGAGCAGCCCAGGCUGGCAGGAGGCCCUGGGGGACUCAACGUGCUGCGGAGGGGCUGGCUGGGACAUGAGGGUGCUUCAGCAUAGGGCUAGCUGGCAGGCAGCCCCUGCGCUGAAGCAUGCUCAUCCCCCUGCCAGCCAGGGCAGUGCAUACACUUGUGCUACUGUGGAGUAAGAAAAUUUUUUUAGUACUUACUUAUAAGUGUUGUCCUGCUGCAGAAUAAAUUAGUUUACUCCAUGCUAAUAGAGGCACCUGUGGCCAUAAUUGUAUUGUUCAUAGCUCUUUGUAAAUUAAGAAAUGUAGAUUUCAGCUGUGUUAAUAAGGUUCUUGGUCUGUACAUUUGUAAGUGGAGAAUGUUUGGGGGUCUUUUUUCAGAGCAAUUUUAUGUUGCUUUGUGUUGCACUCAGCAUGUUUUGGAAGACAGCUGGAAACUUGUUCCUAGGACUAGUAAUAGAAUAGUUUGUCUUAAAAAAAACCCCAAAAACAUCCCAGGUAUUUGGAAGGAAACGCAAGCAACCUUAGUGCCUAUGGAAAAGUAGUGAGGUUGAAACUGGAAAGAAAACCAUGCUUCUGAAGAAAAAAAUAAGGAAAUGUUGCACAAUUUUUAUAUGCUAUUUUAUUGAAACUAAUUUUUUGCAUCAUCUUAAUAAAUGAAAUAUGGACAUGA